UUUGUCAAUAUCACCAAUAUGAACAUACAUGCUACCAUCUGCUAGUUAACCAACAUAUAAUCGUCGCAAUUAUACACUUCUACAUAACCGAGUGUUGCAAUUUCUAUUUCGAGUAUUCUAAGUGGGUAUUUCAAGCUUCCAAGAUGCAACGUUCAUCGUUACGACGUAAAAGCAAGAUCACAACAAUGUUGUUUGUCUUUGAAAUAUUCAUUCUUACAAUGUAUGUUGUCUUUAUCGAUUAUGGCGAAGAACUCUUACCUGUUGAUCCUCCUGACAGUGACCAUAACCACGAGAAUGAUCCUAUUAGACUGAAUGCAUUUGAAGACGUUCAUGUCAUGGUUUUUGUCGGAUAUGGUUUUUUGAUGAUAUUUCUCAAAAGGUAUGGUUUCAGUGGAUUAGGAUACAACUUUAUUGUUGGCACUGUGGCGAUUCAGUGGUCGGUAGUCAUGGCAGGUUUCUUCAAUCUCAAAGAUUCAAAAAUUCACCUUACAGGAGACAGUGUUAUCAAAGCUGAAUUCGCGACAGCCACAGUUCUGAUCACUCUUGGCGUGAUCCUCGGAAAGGCCAGUCCUAUUCAGUUGUUUCUCAUCACGGUGGUAGAGGUAUUCUUGUACUCGAUAAACCGGGGUGUGUGUGAACAUAUCUUAGAAGCAAUAGACCCGGGGGGAGCGUUUUAUAUUCACGUGUUUGGUGCGUUGUUUGGACUGGGAGUGGCAAAGAUGAUCUUCAACCCGCGAGCAGUUGCACAUGAAGAGGAGGUAUCUUUGUACCAUUCUGACCUCUUUGCAAUGCUGGGAACUCUUUUCCUAUGGGUUUAUUGGCCUGGUUUCAAUUCAUCAUUACUUCUUGGUCACAUAAAGCACCGAGCCAUCAUCAACACGUAUUUUGCAUUGGCUGCAAGCUGUGUGACAGCUUUUGCCUGCUCCACAGUUUUGACUAGAGAAUCCAAAUUUAGUAUGGUCCAUAUUCAAAAUGCAACGUUAUCAGGAGGAGUUGCUGUUGGUGCUAUAGCUCAUAUGAUCAUCCAUCCUUGGGGGGCAGUUUUGAUAGGUUUAAUAGCGGGUGCAUCGUCCACUGCAGGUUAUGAGUAUUUCCAGCCCUGGUUAAUCAAACAGUUCAGUAUGCACGACACGUGCGGUGUGACAAGUCUUCAUGGCAUACCUGGAGUGUUAUCAGGAAUAUGUAGCAUCGUGAUUGCUGCCAUCGCUGGAUUUCCUCAAUACAAAAACAGCUUGUACAAGAUUUACCCAGCACGAGCGCCAGCCAUGAAUACCACGGAGUAUGCAGAACUGACGCAACAUUUUCCCGAUAUCAACGCGGGUCAGGGAAGAUCUGCCAACAUCCAAUGUGCCAUACAAGUUGCAGCUUUGAUGAUCACUUUAGCGAUAUCCACAAUCGGCGGUCUCUUUACUGGUUUCAUAGCCAGGUUGAAGUUUUUUGAUCCCCUAGACGACAAAGAUUUCUAUUUGGAUGAACCAUAUUGGGAGGUGCCAGAUGAUUUUGUUCCAGUUCGCCCCCAGAUUCUUAUUCCUCAAGUGCCGGGAGUAGCUUUGAAUGAAGACGAUGAUGAUGAAUAUGGAGAACAAGAAAGCGAAUAUGGAGAAGAUAAAGAAGAAGAAGGUUUUGUGUUGAGGAAAAGUAUUGAUUUCUCACAUGCACUUGUCUGAAAGUUUGGAACACAAGUAAAACGCACAAAGUUGAAGACUGCGAACUAUAUCUCUGGAGAAGCAUCACAAUUUUUUAUAAAGUAGAAAAAAAAUUUAGGAUUUAGCAUUACAAGUUCUGUUAAUGAAAUUUGCUUGUUUCUUUUUUUCAUUGUGUCAAAAAAUUGUAAUCCAGCGAGGAUUCUUACACCUUUU